UGGGGCGCUUGAGUGCCAUUUGUAGCUAACUGGCUAAGGCUACGUUUUAGUGGAUGGAAUAUGCUGUCAACCUUUCUUGGUGCAUUUUGUUUAUCAUUGCUUUUUAUGCACAGAAAUACGCUACGACUAUAAGACUAUUUCCAUGUUGUGUUAUGUAUUUCCUUACAUCGCAAUGACACGGCGGUGUGAUAACUUCAAUAACAUUGACACGAGCUAGCUGGUUUGGCAGCCAGCCAACAUUUAUUCUAUGGACCAUGCAGUGGUACAUGAGUGUUAAAUGUGAUCAAAGGUGCUGUAGUUAUUUGCUGCUAAUGACUCAAGAGUAGAAUACAAGGUUUUGUUGCCAUGUCGCUGCCAGCCCUACAGAACACAAGUGUCUUUUAUCGAAGGAUUCUGUCCCAGUUUCCUCAGGACAUAAGUCUUGCGUUUGCCUAUGGAUCUGGUGUAUUUAAACAAUCUGGAACGACCCAAGGUCAAAUGGGGAAAAACAUGGUAGACUUCGUGUUUGCUGUGGACGACCCAGUAACUUGGCACACGAUGAACCUGUUGCAAAAUCGGAAACAUUACUCUUUCCUCAAGUACCUUGGGCCCAAGCACAUCAGCAGCAUUCAGAAUGACCACGGAGCCGGAGUUUAUUACAACACAUUAGUUCCAACCAAUGGAAGGAUAAUUAAGUACGGCGUCAUCAGCACAGAUUCCCUGAUAGACGAUUUGAUGCAUUGGAAAACAAUGUAUGUGGCUGGCAGACUACACAAACCGGUAAAAAUUCUGCUUCAGAAUGAGAAUGGGAAGCUUCGCGCUGCCCUGGUGGGCAAUCUGAAGAGUGCUGUUACGGCGUCCUUUCUCAUGCUUCCUGAGAGCUUCUCUGAAGAGGAACUCUUUGUCCAGAUUGCUGGACUCUCGUAUUCUGGGGAUUUCAGGAUGGUAAUCGGUGAAGACAAAUCCAAAGUUUUAAACAUUGUGAAGGAGAACUUGCUGCAUUUCCGGAACCUGUACAGCAACAUCCUGCAGGAGUGCCCACAGGUGGUGUACAAGCCACAGCAGGCAAAGCUGGAGGUUGACAAGAGUCCUGAGGGCCAGUUCACUCAGCUGAUGGCCCUGCCCAGGACUCUCCAGCAGCAGAUAACCCGUCUGGUGGACCCUCCGGGAAAGAACAGGGAUGUGGAAGAGAUCCUGCUGCAGGUGGCUCAGGAUCCAGACUGCGGAUCAGUGGUGCAGCAAGGAAUAUCAUCAAUAGUGAAAUCUUCCAGCAUUACGCAGAGUGCCAAAGGCAUUGCCACUGCUGGAAUGAUGAAAACGGUGUCAUACAGUGCCAAAAAGCUCUGGAAAAUGUGGAAAGGCUGGAGAAGGAAGCCCGUGUGAUGCUCCAGCCACGCUGUAUGCUUUAAUGAAUGCAGCUGCUUAAAUUAGCUAUUAAAGCCCCUCGUUUAUACACCGUCUGUCUCUUCUUCUGGUAACACUGUUCAUCUGUACGGAGGUGUCACUUGAAUCUCAAGCACUUUUGUUUCCUCUAAUACUUGAAGCCUGAUUGCAUUUUUAAAGCUUUCCCUCUAUUGUUUUAAUGAAAGGACUGUGUACUACAUGCUUCCCAGAGACACACAGCCUGGCAGUACGAUAUGUGUGGAAAAUAAUUUGUUCCCCCGAUUCCUGAGAGCGUUCUAGUACUUUCCAUUCCUUGUGAGAAAAUUCAGCCACCAAAAUAAGAUUCCCUUGGAAGUUAAGAAAAAGCAUUACUUCAGGAAGUGUGUGAAAUUAUCCUAAUGUACACCAAUGCACUCGUGUCCUUUGUGGAUUUGCAAUGUUUUUUGGUGAUGUGGAUUUAUUAAGUUUUGCACUGUGAUUUUCCAAGAGCUAGUAAACUAGACAGAACCAGGCAUAGGACAUUCUUAUUGGGUCCAGUUUGAAAUAUUCUAAUAAUGUGUGUCCUGUAUU